AUGGGGAACUCAAAUAGCGCUAACAAGAUCUCUGCCCAGGACAAAGCGAUCCUGGACAUGAAGAACCAGCGGGACAAGCUGCGGCAGUACCAGAAGCGCAUCACUAUCCUUACCGACCGCGAGAAGGAGAUCGCAAAGCAGUGUCUGGCGAAAGGCGACACAAAGAGUGCGAAGCUAGCGCUGAGAAGGAAGAAGUAUCAAGAGUCGCUGUUAUCCAAGACAGACUCGCAGCUGGCACAGCUGGAAGUCCUUACGAGCGAUAUUGAGUUCGCGCUUGUACAGAAAGAUGUCCUGUACGGGUUGCAACAGGGAACUGCUGUGUUGAAGGAGAUCCACAAAGAAAUGGGUGGCAUAGAGAAUGUUGAGAAGCUUCUUGGGGAGAACGAAGAGGCUCGGGCGUAUCAGGAGGAAAUCAGCGAAAUGCUUGCAAACAAAAUGUCCAACCAAGACGAGGACGAAGUCGAAGACGAACUCGAGGCCCUCGAAGCCGAGGUUAACGGCACCAAGUUGGUUCUGCCUGACGCGCCUGAGGCACAGCCGCAAUUUACACCAGAGGAAAAGGCGCAGAUGGCAAAGGACCGGGCGGCACGGAGGGCAAGAGAACGGGCUGCUGAGCAGGCUUCGCAACCCAUGUUGGCUUGA